CCUGCUGCACUUAAUUGCGUUAUCUUUGACAUUGCAAAGCGUUACAUAACACCACUUCUUGGGCAACUUUAACUCGAAUAUACAUUGGAAGGCCGAUGGACAUUAGUCCACUGCCAAUCGCUUUCUCUUCAUACAUUGCAAACACUGAUGAGCUGUUCUAAAAUCAAUAAUUAGUCGAAAUUAUAAUCGCACAACGUGACAGCCAUACAGAGUGUCCAGUUGUGUUUCAAUACCUCUUGAACGAAAGAAUUGUGUACGGCUUCUUCCUUAUAGAGCAUUGUUAGUGAUGUAAGAUGGGCGCUAUUUUUAAGAUCGUCUUCUUUCUAACUCUAUUUUCCUCUGCCCUGGCCCAACUGGGAAUCAUACGUGAUCUGGUGGAAUUCAACGUGGCUGGUCAUCCUGUCCUCCACAAAGAUCAAAAGUGGGAAUUUGAUCCAGAAGUAGGGAAAAGGCGAUCCAGGCAAUAUCAAGAAAUCAACGGAAUUCUUGGAGAGAAGGCAAUAGAAAGGCUAGGGUUAGGUAUAGAUGGGUACGAUAGGGAGAGACUAGAGGACCAGCAGAGGCGAGAUGAGGGUCAUCUAGGAGGGGUGGACUAUUUAACCCCGUGAGAAAGGAUUACUGUAUCAUGUUUGAAAUAAAUUAUUUGUUCUUUUU